UUUUUAGCAGGAUAUGUUUAUCCUGACAAACAACCAGCAUGGUGAUAUAUUGUCUUCAGGCAUUUCUCUGGGAGCCCUACGCGACCCACGUCAAGCUGUUUAAGGACCCCAGGAUGUCCAUGCUUGCUGAGCCCCGAAGGAAACAGAAGUGGUCUGUCGACCCCAGGAACAGCACCUGGAGUAAAGAUGAGUCCAAAUUCGGCCAGAAGAUGCUGGAGCGAAUGGGCUGGUCCAAGGGCAAGGGCCUGGGCAGAACCGAGCAAGGCACCACUGACCAUAUCAAAGUAAAAGUUAAAAACAACAACUAUGGUCUUGGAACCAGUGUCAGCUGUGAGGAUAACUGGAUCGCCCACCAAGAUGAUUUCAAUGAGCUUCUUGCGCAACUGAACAACUGCCAUGGUCAAAACAGCAGCACUGAACCUCCACCACCAGAGGAGCCGAAAGGAUUCAGCUUGGAAGAGAAGUCCAAGACCUCCAAAAAGAGGGUCCAUUACAUGAAGUUCACUAAAGGAAAGGACCUGUCCUCUCGUAGUGAAACAGACCUUAACUGUAUCUUUGGGAAGAGAGGAAGAUCUGCAAUUCACCAAGAGCAGGAGAACAACAGCAGUGACUCUCAGGGUGAGACGGAGGAGACUUUUACUCCUGCUGCCUUUAAACUGGAUACAGAGACCAUCACCAACACUGUGAAAAGCACCCUCACUAUGCAGGAGUAUUUUGCACAGCGAAUGGCUCAGUUGAAGAAGUCUCGUGGACAGGCCCAGAGCACAGCACCCUCAAUGGAAACCGACGAGACAUCAGGUCCAUCUGAGGAACAAAGUCCCUCUGAGGAACCCAGUGCCAACCUCAUCAGCAACGACGACUCGGAAGAGCCCAAAAAGAAAAAGAAGAAGAAGAAGAAGAAGAAGAGCAAAAAGUCAGCAGAUGAUCUGGAGGUGGUGGAAGAGAACAGCACCGCCGCUCCUAUCGUCGUAAUAGAGGACGAUGAGGACCAACAGCAGGAGCGUUCAGGGAAAAAGAAGAAAAAGAGGAAAAUGGUAGAAAGCGAAGGAGCUGCAAAUGAGAACUGUAGCUCCACCUCGGGUGCAGAGCAGAACUGUGAGGAGCUGCCUCCGUCCAAGAAGAAGAAGAAGAAGCUUGAAAAACAAAAUAAGGAAACUGAGCUACUACAUGGACACGGACCAACUGAGGAUCAAACUGUAGAAUCUGAGGUUGUUGACAAAAAGAAGAAGAAACGCAGAGAGGAGAUGGACGAUGUCGUAAAAGAGGAAGAGCCGGUAGAGAAGAAAUCCAAAAAGGACAAGAAAAAGAAAAAGAAACAUCAAGAAUAGGAUGGAAUUGAUAGAACUGGCCUCCGAUGCCACCAGUCCGUCAGGCUUCAGGAGGACUUGGUACUCGUGUUGUCCGAUUAUCAUGAACAUGAUCAUGUGUACGGACUGAUUGCCUUUAUGAGAAAGUCAAAUGUCUAAUAAUCUGUCCAUGAAGAACACUUUGCUACAGUGACGAG